UACCAGGGUUCUAUAGUUACCAAGGAAGUUUGCUUCUUGCUAUCUGCCAGCCAUUUUUUUCUUCACUGAUUUUUCUUCCCUGUUGGAGGUCUUGAAGAAGUAUCAGGCUACGAAGGGGGUUCAAAUUAGUAGGUGUAUUACGCUAUUUUUUGAGAUAAACGGAACUAUUUCAGACCCUGCAAGUUAUCGUGUUAUCCUCCUCCUACUCCAUGUUGACUCUGUCUUCUUCAUCAUCUUCUUCCAUUUAUCCAUGGAAAUACGACAUUUUCUUGAGUUUUAGUGGUAAAGAUACCGGAGAGAGCUUCACGGACCAUCUAUAUGCCGCUUUAAAUCGGUACAAAAUCAACACUUUCAGGGAUGAUAACAACCUUGAAAGAGGCGAGGACAUCGCACCCGAGCUUUUGAAAGCAAUUGGAGAAUCAUGGGGUUCAAUAAUCGUUUUUUCGAAAGGAUAUGCAUUUUCAAGUUGGUGUUUAGAUGAGCUUGCCGAGAUUGUGAAACAGAGGAAGGAAAGGGGACAUCAAGUUUUUCCGAUUUUCUAUGAUGUUGAAGUCUCUGAUUUAAGACAUCAAAGAGAGAGGGUUCAAGAAGCCUUUGACAUGCAUGGAAAGAGAUAUAAAGAGAACAAAGAUAAGAUGCAAAGGUGGCGAGAUGCUUUAUCCCAAGUGGCUAAUAUCAGUGGAUGGCCUUUGAAAGAUCAGUAA